UAGGCUAAAGCCAUAAAAAUAAUUGACUAAUAAAUGUAAAAACAUUAGUACAUUUUCCUAACCCGGACACGAAUAUGCCCAUUCAACUAUUUCGCCAUCUGUUGACUAGUAGAAUCACUACAAUGAAACAAAGCAAUUUGACAUAUUGAGACGAAAAUGCAAUAUCAAAACGCAAACUCCAAGAGAAUGGCACAAAGAAUAAUAUUCUCGCACAAAAACCCAUAAAAUAUUACUGUUUCUAAGUUAAAUAUGAAUCUAAUUUGAUAAUAAUGAGUGUUGAUAAAGGCAAAGGGCCGGUUUUCGACCCUGGCGUAUGUCGGUGCUGCGGCUCCAUGAAGCGAUGCCGUUUGUUGAACGUCGAAUAUCAGUGCAUGGGGCAAAAGGAAGUCUAUGCUGAUAUGAUCAUGGAUUGUUUUGGGCUAUUGAUGUCACAUUUAGAUGACAAGCCAUCAGCUCGGCUGGUCUGUGCAACAUGUGUUGGUCGUCUAAGAGAGGCUGCCGCAUUUCGAGCACAGGUGCUUCGCUGCGAGGCUGCGUUCCUUCAGCUGCGGAUGUGUGAGACAGAGGCUGCAGACAAGCAAGCGCGCCUAGACGCGUCAGCCAUGCUGGAAGUGGAGAUCAAGCCGGAGCCGCCGGACGAGCCCGGGGCCUCCCCGCGCGGCCCCGACCACCUGGACGACCGGGAUCAUGACCUUGAUCUUAACGAGCAUAUGGAUGAACCAGAGCAACCGGAGCGCGCGGAAUGCGAGUCCCCAGCGGACUCGGACGACAUGCCGCUGCGGCGGCGCAACACUCGCGCGAGCAACGGCCGGCGUCCGCCCCUCGACCAACCGCCCGCGCUCCCCAUGUCCAAAGUCCAGCAGCUGAUGCGCGAACGCGACCCAUCAUACAUGAUCGACACGAACGUCGUCACCGUCGUCGAGAACUCCUUCAUCUGCCCGUUCAAGUGUCGCCACAACCACCUGUUGUGCUACUACUGCGGCGCCAACUUCUCCGACCCGACCGGUCUCCGGCACCACACCAUCUCCGAACACCAUCCGAAGAAAUUCAAAGUCAUCGAACAUAAGAAAAUGAUCAAAAUGGAUUUGACGAGGAUCGACUGUAGAUUGUGUACUGAGAAGAUCAGUGAUUUAGAAGAAUUUAAACGGCAUAUAACAAUGGUGCAUAAUAAGAAAUAUUAUUUUAACGCGAAAGACUUGAUCUUACCGUUUAGAUUGACUUUGAACGAACAGCAAUGUGCGUUGUGUGAUGAAGUGUUUCCGUAUUUUCACGCUUUGAACAAACAUAUGAACAAGCAUUUUAGUAAUUACGUGUGUGAGACGUGCGGGUUGGGGUUUGUGGAUAAGGGCAGGUUCGUGAUGCAUCAGCAGAGACAUGAAGAGGGGGAUUUUCCUUGUGAGACUUGCGGGAAGAUUUUUAAAGCGCAGUAUAACAGGGACCUCCACAUCGACCGGGUGCACAACAAGCGAGGCCGCGUGUUCUGCCCCAAGUGCGACGUGAAACUGAUGUCGUACACGCAAAAGCUGAAACACUUGGUGGAGGUGCACGGCGACGCACCGCUGUCGUUCCCCUGUUCGUUGUGCGAACGCGUUUUUGGCACUAGACGAACGCUCACCAUACACAGGCGGAAGGAUCAUUUGAAAGACUACAGGUAUGAAUGCCAAUUCUGCGGUCAGAAGUUCUUCACCCGUUUCGCCCUGAACAACCACAUGCCCACUCACACGCGAGAACGCAACUUCAAGUGUAAAGUGUGCGAGAAGACUUACCCCAGACUGAAGACACUUAAAGACCAUAUGAGAAUUCAUACGAACGACCGGAGGUAUAGGUGCCAUGUGUGUGGACAGGCCUUUAUUCAGAAUUGUAGUUUGAAGGGGCAUAUGAAGAGCCAACAUUCGGAAUUUGGGUAAUGUUUUUAUAAUUUGUCAAACCAAUUUUGUAGGUUACGCGGCAGACGUGAAACUUUUUACCACCUUUUUCUACUGACAAUGUGCCAAAAUUAUUUUCACCACACCAACUGGUAAAGGCCCUCUUGAUUGUUCUUUUUUUUAAUAACGAUAAGCAAGCGUUUGACCACGAUCUCACCUGAUGGUAAGUGAUGAUGCGGUCUACGGUGGAACUUACCUAUGAGAUACCUAUUUACCCUAGCCUUGAAGAGACCCAGAUUGUACUCAUGCGGAAACAGACUCGGGCAGGGCAUUCCACUCCUUG